UAUCAGCUGACAAGACGUAACGUGUUUUCGCGCACGAAUCAUGGUGCGAAAAUAUAAAAAAAAGGGUACUCGUACUCAAGAAGUGGAUGAAGAGUCCAUGAAAUUAGCAAUUGAUGAUGUGAUACAAGGACGGUUGUCGUAUAGGAAAGCCGCGUUAAAAUACAACAUCAAAACAUCAACGUUGGAAAGCAGAGUUAAGAAACUUAAAGAUGGCUCUAAUGCCGAUGGACUCUCACGAACUUUUCAUUCAAAGUUCACGAGUCUUCAAGUCUUCUCAUUGGAAGAAGAGGUACGCUUAAAUGACUAUAUUACUAAUUGCUGCAAAAUGCAUUAUGGCCUAACGAUAGUACAAAUUCGGAAACUUGCCUACGAUUAUGCGAAAGCGUUGAAUUUAAAAUAUCCAGCGAAAUGGGACGAAAAUCAAAUGGCUGGCUCAGAGUGGAUGCGUAAAUACAGGGAACGAAACACCAACCUCAGUCUGCGAAAGCCAGAGAACACUAGCACUGCUCGAUCAUUCGCGUUUAAUAAGAAUGCAGUCCAACAGUUCUAUAAUAAUUUGGCUGAAGUAUUACAGCGACAUAAUUUUGCAGCCGACAGGAUAUUUAAUUUCGACGAGUCCGGGGUAUCAACUGUUUUAGAAACUCCUAAAAUUUUGGCCCCUAAAUCACAGAAACAAGUGGGGCAAAUCGUGUCAGCGGAAAGAGGAGAGUUGAUAACAUUUGGUGCUAUUAUUUCUGCAAGCGGAAAUACUAUCCCUCCGCUAUUUGUAUUUCCACGGGUGCACUACAGAGACCAUUUUCUUGAAGGUGCGCCUGAAGGAAGCCUCGGAGCUGCUAAUAGAAGUGGGUGGAUAAAUGCUGACAUAUUUGUUUCAGUAUUAAAGCACAUUCAGAAAUACACAUUAAGCUCUAAAGAACAUCCGAUUUUACUGCUAUGUGAUAAUCACGAAAGCCACAUCAGCUUACAAGCUAUAACAUAUGCUCGAGAUAAUGGCAUCAUUUAUGUGUCUUUUCCGCCGCACACAAGUCAUCGAUUGCAACCCUUAGACGUUGGAGUGUUUGGCCCAUUCAAGGCAAAGUUGAAAAUAGCGUUCAAUAAUUGGCAUAUGUCAAAUCCUGGCAAAACAAUCAACAUUUAUAAUAUUCCUAAACUGGUAAAACUUGCAUAUUUCGAAUCUUUCACCGCAAAAAAUAUUACAAGUGGAUUUGGAAAGCCAGGUAUAUGGCCGUUCAAUGAAAUGGCCUUCAGCGAUGAAGAUUUUGCUCCCAUUGACGUGUAUGCUUCAAAUAAUUCGGUAAAUGUGCCACCUAAUCUGGAAACAAGUACUGUGGCUCUAGAACCACAACCUUCCAUCAGCGUGCCAUCGACUGAUAUGAAUGAGCCAGAUAUUCGUGAGCAGUCGCCUUCUUUGCUUCAAAAUACUCAAGACAUUGUUAUCGGAACUGGCGAAUCUUCCCCCUCUGCGGCUGAUGCACAAUCUGAACCGAGUUCUUAUCUUCCCAUAACACCAGAAGUCAUAAGACCUUAUCCUACAAUUGUUAGAAAUAGAAAAACCAAUAAAGGAAGAAAACCGGGUAAAUCCCGUAUAUAUACAGAUACACCUGAAAAAACUGAACUAGAAGAGAGACAUAGACAGAAAGAAUUGAAAAAAAUAGAACAGGAAAGGAAAGCCAGAGCCAAAGCAGUGAAACGUAAUUUAAAGGAACUUAAUUCUAGACAAAAGAAAAAGAAAGCUAAGAAAAUAGAAAGCGAAGAUGAUUCAGAUGAAUCUAAAGGAUCGCAAUUUAGCUUGCGGGAGAGUUCAACAUCUCCAGUUGAUUUUGAAAUGGACGAAGAGACUGAUGAUCUUAUUUCAUGA